AGAAAUGCCCAUGAAUGGUCCGGUCCUGUCCUGUCCUUGUUGUAUCUGACUUUCACACUGCCCCUUUCACAUGACUACUCUGCAAAACCCCCACAUCCCUCCAAAACUCCAUAGAAAGAAAACCCCUUUACCCUCUCUCUCUCUCUCUCUCUCUCUCUCUUCUGUACCCUCUGCAACUGCAAAACUGCUAAAGAAAACAACCCACCAUUGAUUUACCCUUCGCGGCAGCUAACUACUCCUCUUCUCCCUUUCGCCUUUUUUACCUUCCCUUCUUCCUCCAUCCCCAUCUCUCUCUCUCUCUCUUUCUCUCUCCUCACCGUCUCAAAAGGGCCAGACCAGCCCGGUAGAUUUCCAACCUCCGCGCCUUCCCUUUUUCGCCCUUCCCACUUCCCACAUCUGCUUAUUCUGGCUCUCCCGACCAUGGAAGCUUUUAGCCUCCUCAAGUACUGGCGCGGCGGCGGCGUCGGCGGCGGCGGCGGCGACCCUCGCGCCGCUCCCGUCCCGGCCACUACCACCAUCUUCGCCACCGCCUCCGCAGUCUCCCGCUCUUCUCCCGAGACAGACGAAGACGACGACGACGGGGACGACGGGCCGUUCUUCGACCUGGAGUUCGCCCCUGUUCCCGAGGACGAGGACGACGGGGAGAAGCCCGAGGAGGGGGAGGAGGAAGGGGAGAGACAGAAGCGGGACGAGCCCAGCAACGACGAGGACGACAGUGACAGUGAAUGCGGAGGUGGCGACGAGGAUGGCGACGACGUGGAGAGAGAGUUCGACUUCACUCUCUCUUCUGGGUCGUCCGGGUCGAGCCACGACUGCUCGGACGCGAACAUCGUGUCGUCUCUCUCUCCCUCCGACGAUCUCUUCUUCAAAGGGAAGCUCGUGCCCAUCCAGCCCUCCGACCCCGACUCCACCAAGCCUCCGUCAUUUCCCGCCGCCGCCUCGCUGCUGAAGUCUGCCACCAAGUUUCGCGUCUUCAUGUUGGGCCUCAAGAAGUCAAAGCUCGUAAACACGCUCGAGAAAGCAGAGAAGACGGAGACGUCGGAAGAGCCGUGUCUCACCGUCACAACGCCGCCGCAGAAAGCGAGAGCUCAAGAAAAUAGCAACACCAACAAGAAGCAAAGCAACAGCGGCAGCAGCAGCAGCAAGUUCUUCACGGUGAAGUUCAAGGUCGAGGAAGUCCCGCUCGUCUCUCUCUUCACUCGCGACAACAGCUCGAGGAGCGCCUCCGGCGCGAAGCCGCAGCAGAAACAGACCUCCGAGGAUGACGCGGCGAGCGGCGACGAGAGACGCUUCGCGAGGGAGGCGAUGCGACGAUAUCUUAAGAAGGUGAAGCCAUUCUACAUCCGCGUCUCCAAGCGGUACGGCGAGAGGCUGGGGCUCUCCGGGCAGCUCGGCCACGCCGUGUUUGAGCCGACGGAGGGCGAGAAGAGCCGGUCGAAGGCCUCGGCCGUAGCGGAGGUCGGCAGCGGCGGCCAGGGAAGGAGCCAGAGGCGGGGGCAGGGGCAGGGGCAGGGAAAUAGUAGCAUCCCAGCUGGGCUGAGGGUGGUGUGCAAGCAUCUAGGGAAGAGCCGCUCGGCCUCGUCGGCCGUAGCCGCAGCGCCGGGAGGGCAGGCGGCUGCGGCGGCAGCGUCGAGGAGAGACGAUUCGCUGCUGCAGCAGCAGGAUGGGAUCCAGAGCGCCAUCUUGCAUUGCAAGAGAUCCUUCAAUGCCUCGCGAGACUCGGAAUCGUCGCUGUUGGCGAGGUCAGUGAGCGAUCCGCUGAGCAAGGACGCAUCAAGAAGUUCGCCGGAGGAGGGCGGAAAAUGAAGGCGGAGAGCGCGGGAAAAAAAGAGAAGAAAACGGAAAAAAUAAAACGACCAUGUAUUAUGAUGGGGUGGCGUGGUUUUUCCGACGUUUGACAUCAUUGCCCAAUGAAAGGGAGGAAGACGAGAAGGGUGUGCAUGGCUAAGGGAAAUGAUUAAUAUUUGUUCCCAUCAAGUCGUCAACCGUCUUUUUCUCCACUGUAAAUUUUCCGGGAAAAUAUAUAUAGGAAUUUAGGGUAAGGGAUAAGAUUAAGCGGUGGUCCUCUUCUCAUGGAAGUGAGAUAGAGAGAGAGAGAAUCGUAUCAGAUCUUUUGUAUGUGUUUUGGCAUCUAGGUAAUGUUGAUCUGCAGCAGCAGCGGCAGCACUCUUCAAAUAUCCAAUAUAUAUAUUGAA